UCGUUUUCAGAACCCGCUUCGUUACUCUCAGAGACACAAAAAGUAUGUUUUUUACCUGUGGCAACCACAAAUGAAAAUUACAAUGACGAUCCUGCAUCCAUAGUAAAUAGUGUUGUUGAAGGCACAUUAAGCAGAUUAAGCUCUACGCCAAGAAAGUUUCAAAACGACCUACCUACAUGCUUAGUAAAGGAAAAUACUUCUGAAAGCGAUUUAGAUUUUUCUUCUGGCAGCAGUGAUCAUUACAUACCUAGUGACCACGAAAACAUGUCAAAUGGAAAAUCGUCUUCGGAAAGUGACACACCUGCCGCUUCAAAACGUAGCUGUCGCUGGAAGAAAAGUGAUCCUUCUCAGUGGAAAAGGAAUAUUGCCAAAAAAAUAAUGUCAAGUUUGCCUUAUAAAUCUAAAAAGGGCAUAGUGAAGCCAGCAAAGAAACCUAGAUUAAUUAAUUGCGACUCCUGUAAAUUUAAAUGCUCCUUAAAUUUUAGUGAUGAGUUGAGGAACAAUUUAUGCUCACAAUUUUGGGCUCUUGACUACAAAAGACAAAAAAACUUUAUUCUUUGUUAUGUUACAAGUAAGGAACCUGCUUGUAAAAGAGUUCGAUCAGGAACAGGUGCUCAAAAAACUAGUAGCAGAUUCUAUUAUUUUUUAAAGGAAGGCACAAAAGUUCGGGUCUGUAAAACAUUCUUUUUACAUACUUUAUGUAUUACUCAUGGACCAGUAGACAAAGCUUUUUCUGGGGUAAAUGAAUCAGGCAAAUUUGUUACUGAUGACAAACGUGGUCGAAGAAUACCAGCUAAUAAGACAAAACCAGAAAUCAUUGAAGCAAUAAAAGCUCACAUACAAAGUUUUCCAACCAUGGCCUCUCAUUAUUGUAGAGCAACAACUAAACGAAAGUAUUUAGAUUCUGAUUUAUCAAUAGCCAAAAUGUAUGCUUUGUACGCUGAAGAAUCUAAAAAUGCCCAAAAAGAGUAUGCCUCCCAAAUAACUUACCGGAUAUUUGGAACAGAGUUUAAUUUAUCCUUUUUCAAGCCUAAAAAAGAUCAAUGCCUGAUAUGUACCAACUACCAGGCUACAAAAUCAGCUGAUUUAAAGGAAAAUUAUGAGUCUCACAUUCAAAGACGGGAUGAAGCUAAUGCAACAAAAAACUCAGAUAAAGAACGCGCUCUGAAGGACGAUAAUUUUGUAAGCGUUACAUUUGAUUUACAAAGCGUUUUACAAAUACGUCUUCAAAUGUUUCACUUAUGUAUUACAGCAGGAAACUAUGUGCAUAUAACUUCACAAUAUAUGAAGCAGCAACAAAAAAAGCCUACUGUUAUGCAUGGACCGAAAUUAAUGACCAACGAGGUAGUUCAGAAAUAGGAACAUGUCUGCUUACAUUCAUACAAAAUUUGCCACAAAAUAUUACGGAAAUAAGUUUGUUUUCUGAUACCUGCAGCGGUCAAAAUAGAAAUCAGUUUAUUGCGGCCUUAUUUAUGUUUAUUAUACAUUCUGUACAAAAUAGUAACUUAAGUGUUAUACAACAUAAUUUCUUAGAGUCUGGUCAUUCAUACAUGGAGGCAGACUCUAUGCACAGUGCUAUGGAGAAUGCAAAAAAAUAUAUACCAGUAUAUAUCAUUGGUGUAACAUUUUUCGUUUAGCUCGCUCCAAUCGUGGACGAAACAAAACAAGUGGACCAUACAACGUUCAUGAAUUAAAGUAUAGUGAUUUCUUUGACUUAAAGGCACUAGCUGCUCGUACUUUUAAGAAUAGAACUAUAGAUGAAAACAAUAAUCGCGUAAAUUGGUUUAAGAUCAAGUGCAUGCGAUAUGAAAGAAAUAUGCCGCAGUAUGUCCUAUUUAAAUACAAUUAUAGCGACUUGGAGUUUAUUAAACUUAAUGUAACAGGACGUAUGAAACGAACAGCGAAUGAUGUUAUCAUAAAUGAAAUACCUCGUCUAUACAGCAAAGAAAUUCCAAUAUCCAAUGCCAAAACGCAAGAUCUUUUAAAGCUUUGUAGAACGGGAGCAAUUCCUUCCGAGUUUCAUCCAUGGUACCAAUCGAUACCAUCAGAUAGUUGAAAAAAAGAUGUCGCUCCGGAGCAUCAGCGUUUUGCAGAUUCCGAUUCGGACUAGUUCUUUUUAAAUAUUGCUCUAUUUUUUAUAUUUUUCAGCUUCAAUAAGAAUUUCUUCAAAAGAAUUCUUCAAAAAGAAUUACAUGUUUCUUUUAAAUGUAUUUAAAU